CCAAGUGGGGGCUAGGACUCGCUGUAGUGAACAGUUUAUGUUCUGUUGAAAACUUGUUGCACACACACGUAGCAAUAACGAACAUGCCGACCAGAUAUGAAGUGAAGAUUACGUGUCCGAUCACUGGCUGCCCGGGACAGGGCAGACUGAAUGGUUGGGUCUGCGCUCAGGAUGGAGGAACCAUGUAUGUAGACGAGGAAGGCUACCUGUCCUGUCAGACCAUGGUGCACCGCGCCAAGAUCAUCUACUGGAGGUUCGACUGUGGAGACAGGAGCUCUGGUAGCAAACACAACUAUCACAAAUACCAGUCCCCUGAUCUGGAGGGCUUCACCCACGGACUGGCCGUCGGCCUGCCACAUUUCGGCGUAGCGGAGGCAGUCUGGCUCACAAAGCUCAUCCAGGCCGUGGAGGCACAGUUCAGGAAUGGCUGUUGACACAGGAUUUCUCAGCAGUAAUGUCCAAGCAGGCAGAUAUUGAGAGACAAAAAGCAUCUACCAAUGUUCUGCUAUAGAACCUGCUAUCUGCUAUGUAUCAUUACAUGCGUUGCAGCUACAUAUAUGUUGGUAGGGUAGUGAUUCUGAAAAAGUUUGAGAAAGGCACAUGAUUUUACACUGUUUUUUUUCACCAACAAUAGCAUAUACUUUUCUUUUGUGGUACAAAGUGACAAAUCAAUAACCAUAUUCUUUUUAAGUCACAUAUACAUCAUAACAGCACCGCAAAUAUUUAGAAUAACAUACCUUCACCAAUAUCCACUUCUAAAUUAUUGUAUUGCAUUGUGAAGUAUAAGGUUCUUAAGUUAAGAUUGCGAAUUCCAAUGAGAACACCAGUAAACAAUUUACAGAAAACAGUGACAUAAAACUUACUUUGCUAGACCGACCUGUCUGCAACCUACACCAGAACCAAAAGAAAAACAAACACAGCUUCCCAAACCUAGCUUGAUAAAAGUUGUGUCUACAAUACAGUGAUCACGGAAUCUGUAGGUAAUUCUUGUCAACAGCAAGUCAAUCCUAGU